CGCCGGCCCGGUCACGUGGGGGCUGCUGGUCUCUCCACAGCCUCCAGGCCGCCAUUUUGGCUGGAAAGUUUGGAAUUUCCAGCGGGGCGAGCGGCGGUGGGAAGGAGUGCGCGUGGCCGUGAGGGAGUCUCGGGCGCCUGGGCCCCCUUCUCCCCUGCGGGCUCCGAGCGCGUAUCCGCCUCCGCCUGAACUCCGAGGGGGCUGCCCCGUCCCGGCUCCGCUCUGGACCCCCGGGGUCUGGGCUCGUCCUGCCCUCGAUUGUGGGGAAAGGCUCCGACGGGACCGGGCAGAGCACGGGCCGCCCCUCGAGCCCGCGCGGUCGGGAUCGCGUUGCCGGUCCUUGUCCCGCGCAAAGUUUGGGAGGGCGGCGGCCGGGCGCACCCUGCCCGAGCCCAGCUCCGGCCGUGCCUGGGGUCGCUUCGGGCGCGUGGCUGCUGCUGGAGAGCACCAUGCCUGUCAGGAAGCAAGAUACCCAGCGAGCUCUGCGCCUCCUAGAGGAAUACCGCUCCAAAUUGAGCCAAAGUGAGGACAGACAGCUGAGAAACUCCAUAGAGCGUGUCAUUAGUAUCUUCCAGAGCAACCUUUUCCAGGCUUUGAUAGAUAUUCAAGAAUUUUAUGAAGUGACCUUACUGGACAAUCCAAAAUGUAUUGAUCACUCUAAGCUAUCUGAACCAGUACAACAUGUGAAUACCUGGGAUUUCUCCAGCCUUCCAAGCACAACAGUGACAUCAGAAACACUGCCAAGCAGUCUUAGCCCAAGUAUAGAGGUAUAGUGUGGAUGAU